AAUUUCUAGGUUUCUCAAUCAGGCUUAUUGCUGUGCGGCUCUGAGGGAACAAUGUCGCACCGCAAGUUUGAGCACCCAAGACAUGGCUCUUUGGGAUUUCUCCCAAGAAAAAGAGCAUCUCGUCAAAGAGGAAAAGUGAAGGCCUUUCCCAAAGAUGAUCCAACAAAGCAAUGCACGUUGACAGCUUUCCUUGGAUACAAAGCUGGGAUGACUCAUAUUGUGCGAGAAGUUGAAAAACCUGGGUCAAAGCUCCACAAGAAGGAAACAUGUGAGGCUGUAACUGUUAUAGAAACACCACCUAUGGUUGUUGUUGGAGUUGUUGGGUAUGUCAAAACACCACGCGGCCUCCGUUGUCUGAAUACUGUUUGGGCUCAACAUCUGAGUGAGGAGCUCAAGAGGAGAUUCUACAAAAACUGGUGCAAGUCUAAAAAGAAGGCUUUUACCAAGUACUCUAAGAAGUUUGAAACCGAAGAAGGGAAGAAGGAUAUUACUGCUCAGUUGGAGAAACUGAAGAAGUACUGCUCUGUCAUUAGGGUUUUGGCUCAUACACAGAUUCGUAAGAUGAAAGGACUUAAGCAAAAGAAAGCCCACCUCAUGGAGAUUCAGGUGAAUGGAGGAGAUGUUGCAAAGAAGGUUGAUUAUGCUUAUAGCCUUUUCGAAAAACAGAUACCUGUUGAUGCUGUUUUCCAGAAAGACGAGAUGAUUGACAUUAUUGGGGUGACCAAGGGUAAGGGAUAUGAAGGUGUGGUGACCCGAUGGGGUGUUACCCGCCUGCCUCGCAAAACUCACCGUGGUCUUCGUAAGGUUGCAUGUAUUGGUGCCUGGCAUCCAGCUAGGGUUUCAUUCACUGUUGCCAGGGCUGGGCAAAAUGGUUACCAUCAUAGGACAGAAAUGAACAAGAAGAUUUACAAGCUGGGGAAGACUGCUCAGGAGUCUCAUUCUGCCAUGACGGAGUUUGACAGGACUGAGAAAGACAUUAAUCCGAUGGGGGGAUUUCCGCAUUAUGGUAUUGUGAAAGAUGAUUAUCUGAUGAUAAAAGGCUGCUGUGUGGGACCGAAGAAGCGGGUUGUAACUUUGAGGCAGUCGUUGCUGAACCAAACAUCGAGGUUGGCAUUGGAGGAUAUCAAACUCAAAUUCAUCGAUACAUCCUCCAAAUUUGGCCAUGGACGAUUCCAGACAACAGAAGAAAAGGCCAAAUUCUAUGGUCGACUUAAAGCUUAAGAAAAUAAGCAUAUUGAGGAGAACUUCAAGCUUUCAAGAUUUGAGAGGAUUUGUUCCCCUCCUAUUUCCCCUUUUCAAGUUUAUCUUUGCUGAAUAGUAUCUAAUUGCGGCAUGCUUUGUUGUUGGAAGUCUAAUUUUGAUUAUGGCAAUGGAUUCUAUUAUUCAUUUUCUAUUUUCAAUGUUUUUGACCUUUAUGCCGAAUGUAUUAUGAACAUUUUCGAUUUUGACAAAGCAUGCUCGUGUCUUUCGUUUU